AUGAUCAGAACAAGGAGAUUUAGGUUUGGCUGGGGGAGGGGAAGAUACGCUUUUCCUUUCCAAAUCUUGUUUUCCCUAAUCCUUCUCCUCUCCUCGAUAACUGAAGACGAGCUGUGGAAUUUGAUACCUGAUACUGACCACUUUGAAAUAAAUACUUCCCUCCUUCUUACACAUACUGGCCAACUAGUGGACGGCGAUCAACCAUGGCACCAACCAUGAUCACAAAACCCUCCAGCUGCGAAUGCUGCUCGGCAGGAUCAUCCUCCCACUCCGCUUCCUCCUCUUCUCCCUCCUCCUCCUUACCUGGAUCUGGUGUCGCGACGCCUCUGACAAGCACCAGUGGCUCACCACCAACCCAAUCACACGCUGCCCACCACGCCCACCGCCAAAUCACAGGCGAGUCUCUCUACAGGAUCGACCUACACACACACAUCAUGCCCUCUUCGCUCCCAGACCUCUCCUCCAUCGCGUCAGAAAUCAACGACAAAGACGAUGAUGGCGCCACUGCCGACUACCCCUGGCCAGACUUCCGCCCUUGUACCGACGGCAGCGGCGACAUCGACAUGUUUGUCGGUGGCUCGCACUUCCGCCGCGUCCAGCCCAACUGCUACGACCCCAAGGCCAGGACCGCCGAGAUGGACGCCGCAGGGGUGGACGUGCAGGUGCUGUCGACGGUCCCGCUGCUCUUCUGCUACGACGCGCCCGUUGGACGCGCCACUGCCCUGGCCAGGUCGCUGAACGACCACAUUGCUGCUAUCGUCCGCGCCGAGCCGGACAGAUUCGUCGGGCUGGCGACAGUGCCGCUGCAGAAUGUGGACGAGGCCGUGGCGGAGCUGAGAAGGGCGAGGGAGGUUGGGCUGGUGGGCGUGCAGAUUGGGACUUCGGUGCCUCUUGCGGGCGGGCGGGAGAUGGACCUGGAUGAUGAGAGGCUGGGGCCGUUCUGGGCUGCGUGCGAAGAGCUGGAUAUGGCUGUCUUUGUGCACCCGCUGGGGUACUCGUGGAAGAAGGAGAACGAGGCGAGAUGGGGCAAGUUCUGGGGGAGCUGGCUCGUCGGCAUGCCCUGCGAGACAGCCCUAGCCAUGCACAACCUCACGUCCUCUGGCGUGUUCCUCCGCCACCCCAGCCUCCGCCUCUGCUUCGCCCACGCCGGCGGCGCGUUUCCAGCCCUCCUCGGCCGCAUCCAGCACGGCUUCGACUGCCGACCCGAUCUGGUGGCGCACUCGGCCCAGGGCAUCACCCCCACCGCGCAUCUCGCGUCCGGGCAGAACAUCUGGAUCGACAGCCUCGUGCACGACCCGGACCUGCUGGACUAUGUGCUGCGCAAGAUCCCAUCGGCGAAUAUGGUCUUGGGGAGUGACUAUCCUUUUCCGCUGGGCGAGGUGCCCACGGCGGGGGAGAUGCUGAUUGGUGCGGCCAAGGGGGCUCGGGGUCUGGAUGGGUUCAUGACCUGGGAGCAGAGGGCUGGGGUCCUGGCGGGGAAUGCCAUCCGGCUGCUGGGGCUGGGGACUGCAUUUCAGGAGCGGUAUGAGCAGCGGUUUGCAGAAUUCCAGAAGAGGACACAAGUUGGUUCGUGUGAGGGUGUGAGAGAGAGAGAGAGAGAGAGGUGUGUUGCCCCGUGAAGAGUCGUCUAUGCUGGGUUUGGGAUGGAUGAUGCUUUGGGAAAUGGCGCAGUUUGUUCGCGGUCUGACCUGUAUUCAUAUAUCAAGUUGAUGAUGAGAUGGGAUUAUUGUGAGUCGAUACCCUGGAACAACUACAAGAAUGCAAACUACGCAUAUGAUUAU